CAGUCACCUUGAGCGGGGCGAGCUGUCGUCUAAGCAGGGGCAGCUGGGCAGUGGGAGUGCAGGUGACUCGGGGCCGGCGGCGAGCGAUCGGCCGAGACUGAAAAAAUGCAGACCACCGGGGCGCUGCUCCUUUCUCCGGCUUUGAUGCGCUGUUGUACCAGGGGCCUCGUCAGGCCUGUGUCUGCCUCCUUCCUGAACAGGCCAGAGAUCCCAUCGAAACAGCCUUCCUGCAGCAGCUCCCCGCUCCAGGAGGCCAGACGGGAGUUCCAGACCAGUGUUGUCUCCCGGGACAUUGACACAGCAGCCAAAUUUAUUGGCGCUGGAGCCGCCACAGUUGGUGUGGCUGGGUCAGGGGCUGGCAUUGGGACAGUGUUUGGCAGCUUGAUUAUUGGUUAUGCCAGGAACCCGUCACUCAAGCAGCAGCUCUUCUCCUAUGCCAUUCUGGGCUUCGCCCUGUCCGAGGCCAUGGGGCUCUUCUGUUUGAUGGUCGCCUUCCUCAUCCUGUUCGCCAUGUGAGGUUCCGAGGGGUGAUCUACCCGUCCCUGCUGCUUCGAUUCCCGGCCACACCGGUGCUGGAGUGUGCUGAGCUUUACCAUUAAACACAACGUUUCUCUAAA